AUGUCAACAGCUUCAGCUUCUAAAGUCCAGGGAGACUAUUCUCCCAAGUAUGAUCUACGAAAAAUAUGUAGUGAUUUUGUUGGAUGGGGAUGGUCAGAAGACUAUAGAUCUGCGAAAAGUGAGUUUGCCUGCAGACACAUGCAAAAAGCUGGUUUUUUCAUCCAGUGUCAUCCAGAAAAUUGCAAUGCGUAUAGUUCAAGAAUGUGGUGGGAUUUUUUGGCCACUGUCCUUGUGGCAAAGUCGUUGAAGAACGAGGAAGAUGUCAAGCUUUGGAAACUUGCACUCCACAAGUUGCGUUUCCUUAACCCUGGUAUAUGCAUUCAGGGGUUAACAGAUGAUCAAGAAGCUGUGCAUAAGUUGAGAGAGCUUGUAGAACGCUUUAUCUUACUAAACAAUCAAUUAAAUGAUAAGUAUGUCAAGUUGCCAGAAGACAUACAUGCUAUUUUGCAUUCACUGAAUACCAUGACCCCUUGGUUCAUGAAAAAAUCUGGGUUGGGAUUGACUGAGCCGCCAAAUGAUGAGCUCUGGCAUAGUGUUGUACAUAUGGAACUUGCAAACAAUAAACUGUCUGAGCUGCCUUUGUCACCAAACUGCCCUGAACUCAAAGUUUUAUUGCUUCAGGGAAAUGCUGAUCUAACAAGAAUUCCAAAUAUGUUUUUCUUUAAGAUGCCCUUACUUUGUAUCUUGGACUUAUCUUACACUAGCGUACGAGAACUACCAGAUUCUCUGUUUGAGUUGGAGCAGCUCAUUGCACUAUAUAUGAAAGGUUGUAAAUGCUUCAUGAAAUUAUCGCCAAAGAUUGGGAAAUUGAAGAAACUUGAAAAGCUUGAUCUUGAUGGAACUCAAAUCACCCAUAUGCCAAAAGAGAUGCAAGAGUUGACGAAUCUUCAAAGCUUGUUCAUUUGCUUCUAUGAAUAUCGUGGCAAGAAAAACAAGCGAUAUACACAGUCAACAAUUAUUCCAUCCGAGGUAAUCUCAAAACUUAAGGGGCUGAACCAUUUAAGUAUUGAUGUAAACCCUGAUGAUGAGCAGUGGUAUGAGAAUGUACGAGACAUUCUUCCAGAAAUAUUGGGAUUAGGGCAUUUGCUGACUCUUAGCUUAUAUAUCCCACAUCUAGAACUUUUGAAGUUCAUACCUGACAGUGUCUUUGAGGUUGAUUUUAGAUUUAUUGUUGGUAGGCAUAUGCAAAGGAUCAUAUCAAGCACACCAUCCACAUGUGAGGCAAAAUUUAAAGAGAGUGGUUGUAGCUUGAAGUUUGUGAAUGGUGAUGGCGUUCCUUAUGAAAUUAAAAGGCUAGUUGGGCACAGCAAGGCCUUAUUUCUGGACAGACAUAAGACAAUCCAGAAUCUAUCGGAAUUUAAAAUGAUGAAUUUAGAACAGUUGCGUGUAUUUAUUUUGGCAGAAUGCAGAGAAAUGCAAACAGUUGUUGAUGCAAGACAAUCAAAUAGUGGUGAUGAUACUUUCUCACACUUGCUAUAUUUACACGUGUCGCACAUGAGGAGUUUAAGAAGCAUAUGGGAAGGGCCGACGCCACCUCGCAGCUUUUUUGGUCUAAACUUGGAAAAAAUGGCAAUUUAUGAUUGCCCAAAGCUCCAAAGCCUUUCUAAGAAGGAACUGUCAAGCCAAAAUCUGAAGCUCAUUAAAGGAGAAACCAAGUGGUGUGACACACUGCAAUGGAGCAAAGAAGAAUGGGGAAUAUCAUGCCGGCCAUCCAAGUUUGAUUGCAUCUUUUCAUUAAUUGAUAAUCAGAUUGACAUAAUGACUCAAUUCGGUAUAGAUGAUGAUAUUGAUGAUGGUGCAGAUAAGAGGCCAUUACUCCCUUUAUUUGAGCAUCCGAAGCAAAAUGCUGACAGAAUCAGCGGAAUUACUUUUUCAAUGUCUAAAAGAAUAUCUGAAGGUGAAGAAACUUUAGAUGAUGGGUACAAAUGGAGAACAUGUGGCCGAAAAGAAAUUCUUGGGUCCAAAAAUGAAAGCGAUUUCAACUGUGACAAAGGAGGUUGCUCUGCUGAAAAGCGACUCCAGAAAUCUGAAGAAGACCCAACCCUUGUUGAAAUCACUUACAAGGGAUGUCACACUUGCACACAGGCUUCUAGUGUAACAAAUUCGUCGAUGAAAAAUCAGGUUGACAUUAUGACUCAAUAUGGGAUUGAUGAUGAUGAUAUUGACAAUGGUCCAGUUAUCAUGAGACUAGGGGAUUCUACUUCAAAUCAUGUAACAAUGGCGAGAGAUAAGACACCAUUACAACCUUUAUUUGAGCACCCAAAGCAAAAUACCGACAGACUCAGCAGAAUGACUUUUCAAGUGUCAAAAAGAAUAUCUGAAGGUGAAAAUACUUUGGAUGAAUGGUACAAUUCAGGAGGUGAUGGACGAAAGAUGAGAGACCUAUGCAGUCAGAGAGGGUCAUCAUCAUCAAUGGAACCUUCAUGUCAGGUGGACAGUUGUGAGACUGAUCUCAGUGAGGCUAAGGGCUACCAUCGCCGCCACAAGGUCUGUGAGUUCCAUACCAAGGCUAGUUCUGUGCUAAUUUCAGGCUUGCAACACAGGUUUUGCCAACAAUGUAGCAGGUUUCACGAGCUGGCAGAAUUUGAUGACGCUAGGAGGAGCUGUAGAAGGCGUUUGGCUGCACACAACACCAGAAGAUUGAUACCAAGCCAAUGGACAAAGAAGCCUGAGUCUUUUGAUGAAUAUUGUUGGGACAUUCCUGGAGCCAAAUUUCCAAGAGAAUAUUUAAGAUGUACUCCCAGAAAAUAUCAGGAUUAUCUACCUACCAUACAACUGCAGAGAGAUGGUGAGGAGCCUUCCCUUAACAGUAUCGCCCAUCGUGGUCACCACACUUGCACACAAGGCUCCUGUUUAACAGAUUCAUCCAAGAAUAAUCAGGUUGAGUUAAUGACUCAAUUUGGGGUAGAUGAUGAUGAUACUUGCUAUCAUCCAGCGUUGCAGCCUUCUAGUAUGAGGAUCGUCGAGGAGUAAAAGCACAUUGCUAUCAGAAACAGCAGGAGAAGUGACCCUUGCACAAGAGCCUCCAGUGUACCAGAUUCUACUCUCACUCUCGUUGGAAAGGAGAGGACCAAGUCAGCCUCCAAGGCAGAUCUUGAGUCAUUGUCUUCUUUGGACGACUCUGCUUUGUCGAAAUGUGACAAGCACAGGUCAAUAUAUUUCA